UAAAUUUGGAUGCUGAUCGGUCGUGUGCAAGUCUCAAGUGGCGCAGCGAUUGGUGAGCAUCGCCGCCAGCAUCAUGAUCCCAGCGAAGCGAGCAUCCAUUGGACGGGCGGGUGCGAUGCGUCUUUCUCAUUCCGCAGCCAAACUCUUGACAAUACGGAUGCGAGCGCGUGUGCAGCAACAGUAGUAGCAGCAGCAGCAGUCAGUGGAACUUCAAUUUGAAUGCGAGUCAAGUGUCGACAGUCGCGCAGCGCGGUAUCACGGAUCACGGACAUCGACAUCGACAUCGACAACAUCAGUUCGCACUUGGCCGGAAGGUGGCAAUUGAGACACCUCAACGCUUCGGAUUCGCAAUACUGUGUGCAUGUGUAAUAAUCAAAUUUGACAACUGCGCGAAAAACUUUUCAAGUCAAAACAAACCAAGAACUGAAUACCCAAACCAAAACAAUUUAAAUGAUUCAGUAGCUUUUCAAAUUUCGUGUUUAUUUUCGUUGUUGUUGUAUUUUCGGUAUACAUAUACCUUGUGGGUUAAUUGGACUCUCAAAUACACAUAUAUAGUCGUUUAUAUAUCGAAACGUUCAAGGCAAAAGUCCACAAAUCGACCAAAUGACACACAUGAUGGGCCCCACGGAAUGCGCCAGCGCCAUGGUGGCCACAAUGCCAUUUCUGGACAAUGGCCUCAACGGCAAUCUGGCGGAUUAUGGCUGCUAUGCAAAUGACUAUUGGACAUCUCCCUACACAACCGGCGGACUGAGUCCCAUGAAACAGAUUGAAGCUUGCAUACAAACGGCGGGCAAGGAUCGCAGCUCGUACAAGCCACUUGAACAGAUCGAUGCCAAGCUGGCGGACAUCGAUGCGCAGAGCACAGGUAGCAACAGCACCAGCAGCAGCAGCCAAUCGAGCAGCGCCGGAAACUGUCAGGAGCAGACGUCCGCUGUUUCAGAUUACCCGGGCGGCGGCGGCAACAACAACAACAGCAGCGGCAGCAGCAGCAACAACAGCAGCAGCAGCAACAUUAAUGAGUCGACAACAGGAACAGCAGCAACAACGCCAACAACAACAGCAGCAACGGCCAAAAAGUAUAAGAACAGCCACAAAAAAGACAACAACAAUAUCACAACCAACAACAACACGUCAAACAGCAGCAGCAAGAACAACAGCAACAACAAGGGUGAACCGGAGCCAGUGCAUCCAUCGCUGGCGCAGGCCAUUGUUGUAUUGGAAACGAAAGCGCUGUGGGAUCAGUUUCAUGCGCAGGGCACUGAGAUGAUCAUUACGAAGACGGGUCGUCGCAUGUUUCCCACGUUUCAAGUGCGGAUCGGCGGCCUCGAUCCGCAUGCCACCUAUAUAUGCAUGAUGGACUUUGUGCCGAUGGAUGAUAAGCGUUAUCGCUAUGCGUUUCACAACUCGUGCUGGGUUGUGGCGGGCAAGGCGGACGCGAUAUCGCCACCGCGGAUCCAUGUGCAUCCGGAUUCGCCAGCGGCGGGCGCCAAUUGGAUGAAGCAAAUUGUGUCCUUCGACAAGCUGAAGCUGACCAACAAUCAGCUGGAUGAGAAUGGGCAUAUCAUAUUGAACUCCAUGCACCGCUACCAGCCGCGCUUCCACUUGGUCUACUUGCCGCCAAAGAAUGCCUCGCUGGAUGAGAACGAGCAUUCGAGUCACUUUCGCACGUUCAUAUUCCCGGAGACCAGUUUUACGGCCGUAACAGCAUACCAGAACCAGCGGGUGACACAACUGAAAAUAUCGAGCAAUCCGUUUGCCAAAGGAUUUCGAGAUGAUGGCACCAACGAUGUCACCAGCGGCAGCCUGGGCAUGUCCAGCAUGAGCCAUGAGAGUCAAGCACGCAUGAAGCAGCAGCAGCAGCAGCAACAGCAACAGCAGCAGCAGCAGCAACAGCAUCAGCAGCAACAACAUCAACUCCAGCAGCAGCAGCAGCAUUUAAAGGCAAAGGACAGACCGCCAGCUAACAGCUUCAGCUUGUCCUGCACAGAGCUCGUGGAGCAGCAAACAGCAGCGGCGACGGCAACAACAGCAGCAGCAGCUGCAGCUGCGGCAGCAGCAACAACUCAACUGGCCAUGCAGCUGCCAGCCACGCCCUCGAGCAGCUCAACGUCGGGCAAUUCGCCGGAUCUGUUGGGCUUUCAGCUGGAAGCGACGCCGCUGCAGCAGCAACAGCAACAGCAGCAGCUGCAGCACCAGCAACAACUGCAGCAGCAACAGCCAGCGGUACAGCAAUUGCAUCAGCAACAGCAACAGCAUCAACAGCAGCAGCAACAGCAACAGCAGCAGCAACAGCAACAGCAGCAGAACCUUCACCAAAUGUCCAGCAGCUAUGGAGGCAGCUAUCAUCAUCCGUACCAGCACCAUCAGCAUCAGCACACGGCAACGCCAUUGACACCGCUUUCGGCCAGCUCGGCGUCACCGCCAGCGGCGGGUGCUGCUGCCGCUGCCGCCGCUGCCACUCAGGUGAUGGCGGCGGCCAACAUCUACUCGAGCAUUGGCCAGCCGUAUGCGGGCGAGCAGAGCAACUUUGGCGCCAUCUAUCAUCACAAUGCGGCGGCGCACUAUCACAGUCACGGAUAUGGCAGUCCGUACGACAAACUGAAGGUCUCCACGGGUCACAUGCGGCAGGCGGCAGCAGCCGCGUACGGCAUGAGCAGCUAUCAGAGCUUCUACGGCUCCGCGGCGGCAGCGCAUCAAAUGAUGCGGCCCAAUAGCUAUAUCGAUUUGGGACCACGCUGAUAAGCGGCGGGUCGCUAUGCAAAGUAUUAUUAUAAGUAGUCAGCCUGGGGCCUGAACUCAAGUAUUACAAGUAUUUUCAACUAACCCAAACUCUACUCAACUUAAUUAAUUAAUAAUAUUAUUAUUCUACUCAUUUUUUUUUUUUGUUAGUCUUA